AUGCCUCCAGUCUGUGUUAUUUGCUGCUACGUGCUGUUCUUUCUCCCCCUCUCAGGCUGGCUCACCACGAAGAGGCGCAAGAGCUGCAAGGAGGAGCUGAUGGAGCUAGAACUGGCAAUGGAGCGAGAGAGCUGGCUCACCACCAAGAGGCGCAAGACCCUCAAGGAGGAGUUGAUAGAGGUUGAGCUGGCAAUGGAGCGAGAGGGAGAGAGGGGAGAGUUGCGGCAGUCUGGUGGUGAUACUGUGGGGGACAUGGAGAGGGAGAUGGAGAGGGAAAGGGAGAGGGAGAGAAGGGAGAGAGAGAGGGAGAGGGAGACAGAACGAGAGCGUGAGCAGGAGAGGGAAUGGGCAAGGGAGGUGGAGAGGGAGAGGCAAAGGGAAUGGCAAACCCAGUGGCGGCAGCAACAGGAGCAGGAGGAACAGGAGGAGCAGCAGAGGCGGCAGCGUCGGCGGCACUUGCGGCGGGGAGGGAGAGCUGAGGCGUUUGGGCUUGAAGAGGACGAUUUCAUUGACCAGAGCAUGGCCAUGGGAAGCUUCGUGGCAGAUGCAGGAGGAGGCGGGCCGGUGGUGCGACUGGGAGGAGCCAGGGGGUUCGCCUUUGGGGGCUCGUCAGAGUCACAUGAGCGCACAGUCAUGAGAGGGCGCAAUGAGAUUGCAGAGAUAGCAGAGCGGCUGGCCCUGGCUCUGAAUCGCAACUUCACAAGAGGAAGGCGAGUAGCGCAGGUGGCAGCGGCGUGCCUCUACCUUGCGUGCAGGCAGGAGAAGAAGCCCUUUCUGCUGAUCGACUUUGCUGACUUGCUGCAGAUCAACGUGUAUGUACUAGGGGCGGUGUAUCUGCAGCUGCUGCUGGUGCUGCGACUGGAGAACCACGAGCCGCUACAGGCACCACUGGACCCCUCUCUCUUCAUCCACCGAUUCGCCGACCGCCUCAACUUUGGGCGCAAGAUGCAUGCAGUGGCCAACACGGCUCUGCGCCUUGUUGCCUCCAUGAAGCGCGAUUGGAUCCAGGUGGCAGUGGUGCAUGUGUGUGAGCAGACAGUGCGGCACCGACUGCAUGAGUUUGAGGGCACAGAGGCAGGCGGGCUCACUCCUGAGGAAUUCGAGGAGAAGGCCAAGGAGUGGGACGAGCUGCUCUUUCCACCCAGGCCGCCCACUCACCCACACGCAUGCGCCAUGCCAUUUGCUGUCCUCAAUCCUCCCCUUUCUCCCCCCCGACCCCCUCCAAACUCCUUUCAGCCGGAGGAAUUCGAAGAGAAGGCCAAGGAGUGGGACGAGCUUCUUUUCUCCACCCAGCCACCCACCCCUGCUCUCGUUGCUCCUGCCUCUUCCCUCGCCCCUGCUGCGGCUGCCCUCGCUACCAAGGGCAAACAGGGGAAGGGGAAAGCAGGGGGAGCAGCAGGGGGAGGGGCGAGGGGAGGCGCAGGGCUGGCGGCGGACGAGCGGAGGUUUGGUAGGGGGAGCCAACCCGCCUGCAUGGGGGCGGGGGGAGAGGGAGCAGCGCAAAGCAGAGCUGAGGAGGCGGAGAAGCCGCCUCACUGUGUACAGCGUGUUUGGGCAGGAGGAGCGGGAGGAGGGGGAUGGAUAUGGAGAAGGGGAGGAGUGGGGAGUUGGAAGGGAAGUUAUGGCUGUUGGCCAGAAGGGAAGGGUGGAGGUGCGGGUGUGGCGGUGGCGGCAGGGAAAGGGGUGGUUGCUGCGAAAGCGGGAGGGAAGGGAGGGAAAGUGGGGAGGGAUGGGGUGUCGAAGCGCGAGAGAGCAAGGCAGAGGAUUGAGAAGGAUCUAGAUGCAGCUCUGCACCGAGCUGAAAUUGCUCCCCUCGUGGUCCACACGCUUCCAGACUCACUGGACCUGCCGAACCAGAUACCCUAG